AUGGUUCCUCACGAUGUGGACAAGGUACCUCACACUGAGGACAAGGUACCUCACACUGAGGACAAGGUUCCUCACGUUGAGGACAAGGUUCCUCACGCUGAGGACAAGGCUCCUGACGAGGUACCUCACACUGAGGACAAGGUUCCUCACGUUGAGGACAAGGUUCCUCACGCUGAGGACAAGGCUCCUGACGAUGAAGACAAGGCUCCACACGCUUAUGACAAGGUACCUCACACUGAGGACAAGGUUCCUCAAGCUGAGGACGAGGUACUUCACGCUGAGGACAAGGUACGUCCCACUGAGGACAAGGUUCCUCACGAUGAGGACAAGGUACCUCUCAUUGAGGACAAGGUUUCUCGCGCUGAGGACAAGGUACCUCACGCUGAGGACAAGGUUCCUUGCGCUGAGAACAAGGCUUUUCACGCUGGCGACAAGGUUCCUCACGCUGAGCACAAGUUUCCUCACGCUGAGGGCAAAGUUUCUCACGCUGAGGACAAGGUACCUCACACUGAGGGCAAGGUACGUCACACCCAGGACAAGGUUCCUCACGCACAGGACAAGACUCGUCCCGCUGAGGACAAGGUUCCUCACGCUGAGCCGUGGGCAAGGUAUUUCUCCGCACAGGACAAGACUCGUCCCGCUGAGGACAAGGUUCCUCACGCUGAGGACAAGGUUCCUCACGAUGAGGACAAGGUUCCUCACACCGUGGGCAAGGUAUUUCUCACUGAGGACAAGGUUCAUGAUGCUGAGGACAAGGUUCCUCUAGCUGAGGACAAGGUACCUCACACUGAGGACAAAGUUCCUCACGAUGAGGACGGGGUUCGUCACGCUGAGGACGGGGUUCGUCAUGCUGAGGACAAGGUUUCUCAGGCUGAGGACACGGUUCCUCACGAUGUGGACAAGGUACCUCACACUGAGGACAAGGUACCUCACACUGCGGACAAGGUUCCUCACGCUGAGGACAAGGUUCUACACGCUGAGGACAAGGCUCCUGACGAUGAGGACAAGGCUCCACACGCUUAUGACAAGGUACCUCACACUGAGGACAAGGUUCCUCAAGCUGAGGACGAGGUCCUCACGCUGAGGACAAGGUACGUCCCACUGAGAACAAGGUUCCUCACGAUGAGGACAAGGUACCUCUCACUGAGGACAAGGUUUCUCACGCUGAGGACAAGGUACCUCACGCUGAGGACAAGGUUCCUCGCGCUGAGGACAAGUCUUCUCACGCUGAGGACAAGGUCUCACGCUGAGGACAAGGUUCCUCACGCUGAGGACAAGGUUCCUCACGCUGAGCAGAAAGGGUUCCUGACGCUGAAAACAAGGUUCCUGACGCUGAGGACAAGGUUUCUCACGCUGAGGACAAGGCACCUCACACUGAGGACAAGGUUCCUCGCGCUGAGAACAAGGCUUCUCACGCUGACGACAAAGUUGCUCACGCUGAGAACAAGUUUCCUCACGCUGAGGGCAAAGUUUCUCACGCUGAGGACAAGGUACCUCACAGCUGAGGACAAGGUUCCUCACGCUAGGACAAGGUUCCUCACACUGUGGGCAAGGUAUUUCUCACUGAGAACAAGGUUCCUCAUGAGCUGAGGACAAGGUUCCUCAAGCUGAAAAAAAGGUUCCUCACAUGAGGACAAGGUACCUCACACCGUGGGCAAGGUUCUCACUGAGGACAAGGUUCAUGAUGCUGAGGACAAGGUUCCUCUACGCUGAGGACAAGGUUCCUCACAGCUGAGGACAAGGUUCCUCACGCUGAGGACAAGGUUCCUCAAGCUGAGGACAAAGUACCUCACACUGAGGACAAUGUACCUAACACUGAGGACAAGGUUCCUCACGCUGACGACAAGGCUCCCGAAGCUGAGGACAAAGUACCUCACACUGAGGACAAGGUUCCUCAAGCUGAGGACACGGUACCUCAGGACCCUGAGGACAAGGUACCUCGCACGGAGGACAAGGCUCCUCACGCUGGGGACAAGGUUCUUCACGUUGAGGACAAGGCUUCUCAAGCUGAAGACAAGAUAUCUCACACUGAGGACAAGGUACCUCACACUGAGGACAAGGUUCCUCACGCUGAGGACCAAGGUACCUCACACUGAGGACAAGGUUCCUCACGCUGAGGACAAGGUUCCUCACGCUGAGGACAAGGCUCCUGACGCUGAGGACAAGGGUCCACACGCUUACGACAAGGUACCUCACACUGAGGACAAGGUUCCUCAAGCUGAGGACAGGGUUCCUGACGCUGAGGACAAGGUUCCUGACGUUGAGGACAAGGUUUCUCACGCUGAGGACAAGGUACCUCACACUGAGGACAAGGUUCCUCGCGCUGAGGACAAGGCUUCUCACGCUGACGACAAGGUUCCUCACGCUGAGAACAAGGUUCCUCACGCUGAGGGCAAAGUUUCUCACGCUGAGGCCAGGUACUUCACACUGAGGACAAGGUACGUCACACCGAGGUCAAGGUUCCUCACGCAGAGGACAAGGUACCUCUCACUGAGGACAAGGUACCUCACAAUGAGGACAAGGUUCCUCACGCUGAGGACAAUGUUCCUCACGGUGAGUACUAGGUACUUCACACUUAGGACAAGGUACCUCAAGCAGAGGACAAAGUACCUCACACUGAGGACUAGGUACCUCACACUGAGGACAAGGUUCCUCACUCCGAGGACAAGACUCGUCACGCUGAGGACAGGGUUCCUCACGCUGAGGACAAAUUCUUCACGCUGAGGAAAAAGUUCCUCAAACUGAGGACAAAGUGCCUCACACUGAGGACAGGGUACCUCACACUGAGGACAAGGUUCCUCACGCUGAAAACAAGGCUUCUCACGCUGAAGACAAGGUUCCUCACGCUGAGAACAAGGUUCCUCACUCUGAGGGAAAAGUUUCUCACGCUGAGGACAAGGUACCUCACACUGAGGGCAAGGUACGUCACACCCAGGACAAGGUUCCUCACGCACAGGACAAGACUCGUCCCGCUGAGGACAAGGUUCCUCACGCUGAGGACAAGGUUCUGACGCUGAGAACAAGGUUCCUCAAGCUGAGAACAAGGUUCCUCACGGUGAGGACAAGGUACCUCACACUUAGGACAAGGUACCUCAAGCUGAGGACAAAGUACCUCAAGCUGAGGACAAAGUACCUCACGCUGAGGACAAGGUUCCUCACUUGAGGACAAGGUUCCUCACCUGA